AUGCUGGGCCCAAAGCUGGCCCUGGCGUCAUGGCCACGAGCCGUCCGGGUGGUCCCGUGCGUGUUGCGCUUUGGUACUCGCGCUGAAGAGGUGAAGUCUUGGGUGGAAGGCGUGGUCUUGCAGCAUGGCUUCUGCCCAUGGGCCUUCAACUCAGCAAAGCUGGAUGAGAUCCACUACUUGGAAUGCUCGGCCACCAGCCAGCAGCAAGUGGCCACCUUCCUCCGCAGCGAAGCGCGGCGCUUGGCGUCCGCUCGACCCUGGACCACCUCUUUGGUGGUUUGCAGGGAAGUGAAGGAAUGGGAGGACUUCGAUGCCUUUGAUGCAUGGGUGUUGAACAGCAUGCAUGACCUGGAUGAACUGGUUGGUCUGGUGGUCUUUCAUCCUUAUUUUGCUCGCUGGCCCUCGCUCGCAGCUGACGUGGUGGAAGGUCGUCAAGUGACCUCCUACUAUGAGGAGUCUGACGGCCGCAAGAGCAGCAAAGCGUUGCCCGCCACGGUGCAGUGCCUGGAUCCCAAGCGUGUGGGUGUGCGGCGGAUCGGCCUUCGCUUCCUGGAUGAUGGAGUGGUCCAGUGGGUGCCCAUCGAAUGGCUUCAAGGCUGUGGCGGUGUCCCUUUGUUGGACAAUGUGCUGCACCAAGCGCCGCAUCCGACGAUCCAUUUGAUCCGACGUGAAGACCUGGACUCCGUGAAGGAGGGCUCCUAUGGCACGGUGGCCUCGCUGCUGCGGCGGAACAGCGACUACCUCCGUGAGGUGGACCCGCCCCUCCUCCUGCGAGAAGCAAAAGGGGCCGAGCAGCGAGCGAGGUUCGACAGCCUGGAAGAGUCGUUUGGAGCCAAGCAAUGUCAGGUGUGA